CUCCAGCCGCUGUGGCUCGGGCGGCGGCGUGACUGCGGGCCGCCCCCUGAGGCGCACGGGGUGGGCGCGCCGACGCCAUGUCGGGCCCACCGCAGCCGAUGACCCGCCCUGCGGGGGCUGCGGCUCUGGAGCUGGACUGGCAGCAGGCCGAGGGCCCCGCAGACGGCGCCAGGCGCUCCUCUUGCAGGGGCAGUCUGUUGGAGCCAGCUGCUGGCCGCGGUGGAGAUGUGUAGUCCUUGCGUCUGCCGCCUGCUCGGCCCUCGGCGUCGGGUUCUUUGGCCUGCGCGGCAUCGGCGCGGCGUCGCCGUCGUGGAAUUCAGUUGUUGGCAUGCAGGAAGAACGGCACUGCACCGCGGUCGCCGGGCAUGACGUCUGGGGCGAUAUUCUCGGGCCCACUGUAGGCAAGCACCCCCACGUAUCUUUCGAGCAGUGCAAGACCCUGUGCAUGAACAGCCAGUCCGGGUGCGGCUGCUACGCGUGGGACGUGAGCCGUGGGCGUACGUGCUGGCUGAAGAGGAACUGUGGGGACUUUUACGUAUGGGGCGAGACUGAUGAUAUGGUGGCAGGGAGGUGCGCUGGGCCAGUACCGCCCCCACCGACGCCGUCUCCAACAGCUGUGCCACCGACACCGUCUCCAACAGCUGUGCCACCGACGCCGUCUCCAACAGCUGUGCCACUGACGCCGUCUCCAACAGCUGUGCCACCGACGCCGUCUCCAACAGCUGUUCCACUGACGCCGUCUCCAACAGCUGUGCCACCGACGCCGUCUCCAACAGCUGUGCCACCGACGCCGUCUCCAACAGCUGUGCCACCGACACCGUCUCCAACAGCUGUGGCACCGACACCGUCUCCAACAGCUGUGGCACCGACACCGGCUCCGACAAGGCGGCGGCGACGUCGGCGGCGACGACGCCGAGGCACCCUUCCCGCCGGGCUGCACCGAGCAUGGCCACAACGUGUGCGAGGCGCUGCCUGGACAGGAGAGGUGUCAGGGACGUCCCUGGAGGGCGCGGUGGAGCUGACAGCAGAGGGGUGUCACACCGCGUGCGAGCUGCGGGCAGAGUGCGGCUGUUACGAGUUCGAUCCCAGCGCUGCGCCAGCGAGGCAGUGCACGCUGAUGAGCCAGUGCCGGGACUUCAACGAUGUGGACGAGCCAAAGGUAUCUGGCUCGUGCCAGAUCUGUGACUGGUGCACCCCGAAGCUUCCAUCGACGCCCGAUCUGGUCAUUCCUUUCUUCGAGCGGGACAUGUGCAAGAUGCGCAUGACCGCCGCUUCCAUCGAAGCACACGACCCGCACCAUUUCAUUGGCGACGUACACCUCUUGUGGCUCUCGAAGAAACCUCCGAGUGACUACGCAAACGACAUUGAAUACAUUACAGGCGUCAUCAACAAAUCGCAUAAGUCGCACCUCCACGACAUGUCCUUCAUGUUCUCGGAGACCGAGAUUGAAGGAUGGUUCCUUCAGCAGGUCAUGAAGCUGAAGGCAGCUUCGCUGGUCCAGGCGCCUUUCUAUGUUGUCUUGGAUGCGAAAAACACGUUCAUCAAAGACGUUGAGCAGUUCACAUUCAUGAGCCCAUGCAACACAGGCCUGAUAUACGCAGACAGUGACUUUUCUAGUUUGGGGGAAAAGCAGGAUUGGUACCUCAAGUCGGCCGAUGCACUUGGAGUCAGCCUACCGCAGGACCGAAAAUGGUCAGCGUCUGUCACCCCAGUUGUGAUGCAUACGAAAACCGUGAAAGAUAUGCUAGGCCAAUUGAGCGAGGAUGCAACUCCUUGGGAGCUUUGCAGCGGACCUUUAUGCGGGUACAUAGAAAAAGGUGCAACCGAGUUUGCAUUGUACUAUUCAUAUAUAGCUGCUGUAUCGGAUGAGAGGUGUAUACACGCGACUGUGCCUAAGAGUCCCGCAGUAGCUUUCUGGCGCGGAAUUGACGGCGAUACAAAAGAGAGCACUUGCAAUUCUGUUGCAGGCGGGGAGAGGGGAGUCGUCAUGUUCGGAGCACAGAGCGGUGCUGACAGCGAAUUCGAUGAAGAUCAGCGCAAGCGGAUUGCAGCCUGCUUUGCCGAUAUCUACGCUUCAGCGGGUCUCCAUGAUCCCGAGCGAACGUCGGAUGCAGUACUGAUGCAAUGCGUGGUCGGUGCAUGAGGCAUUCAAAGGAUGCUCGCACGCCUUCCGUGCGCACGUUUUUUCAGCAACCUACGUCAGUAAUUCAAUCGAGCAGUGAAUAGGUAUGCCGACACAUCCGUGAUCGCUCCACCGCCGGUAUCCACGAACUUGAGAGCAUCGACGCUCCGUAAGCAUCAUCGUUGUGAUCCUC